ACGUCGUCUCACUCGUCUGAGCCUCUAAGAAUCGAAGCGACGCUAUAAGUUUGCAGAGUGUGCAUUAAACUUAAAUUUAAAGGGACGCAACACGCCGAAGGGACUUGGGACGCUAUUGUAAUUAAGAAGUGAAGGUCGAGUUAUUGAAGUGUGAAUUUUGAUUAUCGUUUCCAGUUUUUUACGGAUUUAUUUCAGCAUGUCAAGUUGGCGAGUAAAUGAAGUCGAGAAGAAGCCGCAAGACUUCCUUGGCCUAAUAUUCGAAGAUGAAAAUGGAUGGGAAGAAAGCAGCAUUAAGGAUGAGAGUGGAGUUAUUAUUUGAAGAAAAUGAGUAUGAAGCAUGCAGUGGUUCUCCGGAGGCUCCUGCCUAUUCCCCACUCACUUCCCCGGAGUGCUGCGAGCAGGUGCCGUCGCCGUCUGAGGAAGAGCAGCAACAGCAACAGCGCAAACUGCGGCCCGCGACAGAUCCCGCUCUCCACUUCGGGUUUCGUCGGAACCCGCCCCGGAAAAUACCGUGAUAGAAAUAGAAUUAAUCGACAGCGUGGUGGCGGAGGCCGACGUGGGCGGCGAGAUAUAUGUAGCGCCGGAUGCCCACGAUCUGUUUGUGUCCCCUCAGAACCAAGCGGUCGGCGUAUCUACAAAGGAGAAAGGACCAAGAUCAAAUACUUUCCUUUCAUAGUCAGUGUUCACAUUUUCAACAGCUUCCACUGCGCUGGCUCUAUCAUUAAGUCAGAUCUCAUCAUCACGGCAUCCUCUUGUCUGCAACUGGCACACAACAAUCGACUAUUUCGUGAAAAUCCAGCUUUUCUAUCGGUCAGAGUCGGCAGUUCAUUCUACAGCGGUGGGGGCGAGGUUAUAUCCGUAUUGGAAGUCUACUUCCAUCCCGCAUACGACCCGAAGACUUUGAGGAACAACCUCUGCCUGUUACGCCUUUCUAGACAUUUAAAAUUCAGCAGAAAGGUUAAGAGGGUCAAGAGAAUCGAUUUUGAUAGAAACCCUUGGAAUUUACCGUUAACUACACCUGGAGUUACGAUCUUAGGGUGGGGGGCGAAGGGUAGAAGUGGCAUUAUUUUUGAUCCAUGGAAGAACAUUUUAUCAUUUGCGAUACUAGAUAUCUAUCCCAGACAAGAUUGUCAAGAUGUUUAUACGAAAGAAUUUGUCACGAACAAACAUUUCUGUGCGGGUUUCUUAUCGAAGGGUGGAGGCGCCUGCAAUCGGGAUGUGGGAGGCCCAGGCGUGGUGGAUGGGAAGCUUAUGGGAGUUGUCAGUUUCGGAUCACCCACUUGCGGGACUCCAGACGCUCCAACUGUUUUUACUAAACUGGGUUUCUAUACUGACUGGAUAGAAGAUAUCAUGGAAAAGCAAGUCCCUUCGUCGCUGAAACGAACAACACCACAGUCUGAUUUCGAUUUACUAAAAGCAAUGAUCCCUACUAAGCCCCCGAAACCAACUACUUUCAAAAUAGAACCAUUCACUGGCAAAACGAUGAAACCAAUGUCAAUAUUUGAAAUAGAUAAAGCAUUGAGAUUGCUGGAUGAUGAUCUCUUUAAAGAAUUUGUUUCAACUAUGUUUGACAGCAAGGAAAUUAAGGAGUAUCAAAAUAAUUUAAGGGAGGACAAGAAAGAAUCUACCACUGAAAAAGAAAAGGAAGUGAAAAAAGAAAUGAGCGAAGAAAGCAUUGAAGCGGUUGAAUUUGCAACUAAAAUGCCUGAACUAGAAGAUAACGAAUUCACCACAAUGGCUAUGGAUAGUGAAAGUUCCGAGUCAAACGAACCGGUUGAGAGCGAUAUUGUUAAAUUUAUGAAGAACGUAGAUUUAAAAAAGAUUAUCCAAGAAGAAGUUAAUGUAACUCCCCGUGUCACACUCGAAAAAGAUUCAAAAGGAAAAAACGAAUCAGUGGUAACAUUUCUCUAUUUAUCGGAUGAUGAGAAAAAUCGCAAUAUUGACAUUAUUGAUGAAGAUGAAGGUCUAAGUAUACCAGAUGAAGAUGAUAAAUUUGAGGAUAUGACAAGAGCAAAAGGUAAGAGCACACAAUACAGAAUUUUACCUGAAAAUGAAUUGUACGGUUUGUUAUCUGAUGUAAUAGAAACCGAAGUAAAAAAUAAAAUUAUGAAAGGUGUAUAGUA